CUAAGAUGAAUGAUUUAUGCAGAAAUGCAAAAUUAAUAGAAGACGAAAUUGACAAGAAAAUGCUUGAACUUUGCAAGUUUAGUUCUGGGUAUUCGUCAAACGUUGCAACAAAAAGGUCAAAUGAAGAAUUAACCAAUGACCGAGAAAUUAUAUCUGGUAUCCAAAAGGACAUUGAGACUUGCCAUAGUCAUCUUCAAUCUAUAAAUGAACAAAUGGCUACUUCCACACUUCCUUCCCACGUUAAACAGCGUCAUGGAGAGAUUCUUCAAAAUUUUUUGUUGGAAUAUAGAAGACUUCGUUCUUCUCUUCAAGAUAAAAUGGAAAGAAAUAAAUUAUUUUCUCAUGUGGAUUAUUCAUCUAAAAAUACAAAUGGAUCUUCUCUCCUGAACAGACAGAAUGAAGUUCUCAUGAAGUUAUUCUCUUUUUUUAUCCAUUAA